CGGCGGCGGCGCGAGAGAAGAUGGCGGACGGCGACAGCGGCAGCGAGAGAGGCGGCAGCAGUGGGGGCGGCGGGCCCGGCGGCUGCGGCUUCCAGCCCAUGUCUCGCGGGGGCGGCGGCGAGCAGGAGACCCAGGAGCUGGCCUCCAAGCGGCUCGACAUCCAGAACAAGCGCUUUUAUUUGGAUGUGAAACAGAACGCCAAAGGUCGCUUCCUCAAGAUCGCCGAGGUGGGCGCCGGAGGCUCGAAGAGCCGUCUCACUCUCUCCAUGGCUGUGGCCGCAGAGUUCCGCGACUACCUGGGAGACUUCAUCGAACACUACGCGCAGCUGGGGCCCAGCAGCCCCGAGCAGAUCGCGGCGGCGGCGAGCGCAGAGGACGGCGGCGGCCCCCGGCGGGCGCUCAAGAGCGAGUUCCUGGUGCGGGAGAACCGCAAGUAUUAUCUGGACCUCAAGGAGAACCAGCGCGGCCGCUUCCUACGCAUCCGCCAGACCAUCAACCGCGUCGGGGGCAGCGGCGGGUUCGGCGGGGGCCCCGGGCCCGGGGGCCUGCAAAGCGGCCAGACCAUCGCCCUGCCCGCCCAGGGCCUUAUCGAGUUCCGCGACGCGCUGGCCAAGCUCAUUGAUGACUACGGAGGCGAGGAAGAAGAGCUGGCUGGAGGCCCGGGAGGCGGUGGCGGGGGCCCCGGAGGGGGUCUGUACGGGGAGCUCCCGGAAGGCACCUCUAUCACGGUGGACUCCAAGCGCUUCUUUUUUGACGUGGGGUGCAACAAGUACGGCGUGUUCCUGAGAGUGAGUGAGGUGAAGCCGUCCUACCGUAAUGCCAUCACUGUGCCCUUCAAGGCCUGGGGCAAGUUCGGAGGUGCCUUUUGCCGGUAUGCCGAUGAGAUGAAAGAAAUCCAGGAACGGCAGAGGGAUAAGCUUUAUGAAAGACGUGGUGGAGGCAGCGGUGGUGGAGAUGAGUCCGAGGGCGAUGAAGUGGAUGAGGAUUGAAAAGGGCAGCUUCCCCUACAGGCCUCCCCCAUCCUACCACAUCCCCUUGGCUAGAGACCUCCUUUCUGCUCAUCUCCACGUGGGAUGAGGUAGUGGAGGGAGGUGAAGGGAGGCCGCAGAGGGAGAAAACAAAGUGAAAAAUAAUAUAGUUAAUUAAGAGAAGUAACCAUAAGAAAAGAGUCAAGGACAUUUAGAAAAAAAGUAAAGUUUCAAGGAAAUAACAGCAGCCUGCAGAGAGAACAGCACCUCUUCACUGGAGUAAAAUCGUCUCAGCCUGUUUUUUUUCCCCAACUGAGGUUUAUAAAUCCACCAGAGAUAACUCUGGUGGGGAUAGAUCCUCACACUGGUGGGCCAAGAAGUGCAUCUGAGUUACCCAGACCCAUUGAUGACAGCUGAAUUUGUGUUGCACCUGGGAAAUCGGGUCUAAAAAUCUCUCCAGACUUCACCGUGGCAGCCUCUAUCCCAUCCUUUCACUUCCUUUGAAAUCAGCAUUUUGGAUCUAGGUCUUCAUGGAAUCCUUGAGAAGAUACAGGCCUUUGCAGUUACCCAGUUCUGAGGGUACAGGUUUCAUUAAAAGGAAUACAACUUGAAAUACUUGCGGACAGGACAGAAUAAGAACCCAGAAAGCCUUUGGGAAAUACAGAAGCAGAUCGGAUCCAUUUAAAAAAAGGUUUGGGGUGGAACCUGGACCAAGGUCCAUGUCUUUGCAGAUUUGUUUUCCAGAAUGAAAAUGGAUUCAGAUGCUUGAACUAGAAUCCAUUACUAAAAUAGUUUAAAGUCAGCAAAAAAUGUUCAAAGAUAAAAGCAUUUUUACAUUGGGGUUGCUGAGGUAGGCACAAGAAAAAUCAGGCAUAAAGCACAAAGAAAACUGUUUGAGUGGAUUGGUUGCUGCUCACUAAAGUUCUUCCUCUGAUCUCUAAAUUUGGAGGUCAGUACAAAGAAAUGGCCUAAGUUGUGAAUGAGAGCCAGAUUCCUAUGGCUCCAACAAUGAGCCAGUGAAUUAUGGAUAAUUCGGCUGUUUAGGCCACUGGUUGGCUGUAUUUUAGACCAUAAAAUAUGAUGAUAUCUACAAAAGGAACAGUGUGGCUACAAGCCUGAGCUUUAAAUAGAAUAUUUGUCCUCACAGAAAAGUUGGAAACAAAUCAAAACUGAAGUCUUCAUUUACCUUCAGUUUGAUCUGUGGAUUUGUUCAACUACUUAAGAAUCCUCAGGUCCAGAAUUCCAGCAUCGUUUGUUCUUUUAAAAUAAGUUUUUAAGAACUUGAUCCAUUUUAUCAGUACCUCACAAUCAAAGUUGGCAAAUGAUGGAUAAACCAUUCAAAGCAGCACACCUGGUAGAAGCUGAAAUCCAUCUUUAAGAGCUGAAGUGAACACGAAUAUACUGACUAUAAUCUGGAAGCAUUUUUAUACCAUCUUGAAAUUUCAACACCUUGGCUUUUGCCAGUUUAUCCAGCUGUCUUUCAAGAAUAAAAAUUGGGGUUUCAAGGAUCGCCUCUUCUAUAUUUUCAAUGGAUUCUCGGUAACAGUGAUUUUUACUAAUCAAGUUAAUCCCACCCCCAUCAAAAGGGGGUGGUUCAUGGCCUCUCUUCCCACUGCAGGAAGAUUGCAGAAGGAUGUGGAUUAAUUGUAGCAUUUCACUGAUCUUCAUUCCAGCCACUAGGGACAAUAGAAAUCUGCAAAGCACAGAGACUUUUUGGAAAGCAUUGUGUGGUUUGUUAAACAAAGCAGUAUGGAUGGGCCAUCUUUCAGAACUCAUUUGUAAAUAUUAGUUUAUUGAAGUAAAUGGUCUUUGUUGAAUCCAGUCAGAUAAUGGCAUUGUACAGACUACGGGAAAUAACCAUUUAGUUUAGUUCUGUUUUGGUUUUCAACUGCUGCUUUGAACAGUGGUUUAGGGCUUAUUUUUUAACUUUGGCAACCAUCCCAGCUAAUCACAUCCCAAAUAGACGUGUUCCUGAGAAGUAGGGAACAAAAAUUCCUUUUCAAAUUAUCGGUGGAAGGCUUGUUUACCAAACUACCACACUCGAACAGGUGAGAAGUCAAAUUUUAGGAACAGACUCAAAAAUAGCAAAAAGCUAUAAAGAUCCUGAUAUUCAUUUCUGGUUUCUAUUGUCCCUACCUAUUAUUCAGCAAGUGGAACAGCAGUUCUAGUCAGCAAACUUCAUUGCAUCUGCUACACAAAACAAAAUAUAAAUCUAUAUGGCACCAAAAAUCAAAGUGAAAAGCAAACCAAAAAAAACCAGACACCCUAUGUAGAUAUUUGAGGCGUGUAGGUGGCAUAAAUGACUGUAGCUGUAACAUACACACAGCUACUUGUCAAUUCACUUUCCAUGAUUAUUUACUGCAAAGUGAUUUUAGAGGCUUUUGGUACAGGCAGCCAUUAACCUCCAGCUUCCUGUGUAACCUCUGGAUCACUUGGCAGUAAAUUGCAGGUCUUUUAAGAGAUUCAGGCUUCAGUUUUCUCAAAACAAAACAAUUAUCCUGUCUUAUCUGAAAAUGCAGGGUUGUGGGCAAAAGAGGCUGGUUAUAAUAAUGCCCUCAUAUUGAGUGGUCUGUAAAUGGCUGCACAUUCAGGCACUAUAAUUGCUAAGAAUGCGUUGUUAAAUGUGACCUUUACUGGCUUUAUAAGGGGUGUAGAAUGUGAUCUACACGAGGUAUUAAAAGGUGACUGUUCAUUUUCAUCUACCUUGCUCUUGAGGUGGAUGAAAUUAUGAAGAAGCUUAAGUGUGUACGCCAUGCACAUAAGUAUUCUUCACUGUAAAUUUUGUUUUCAUUUUUAACCCAGUUAUGGUACUUUGUCCAAUGCACAACUGAUCUCUCAGUAGAUAUUCAUUUGGAAAUAGUGUGGCCUUGAUCAGUGAGAAGGGGAAGAAGAAAAGUGACUUUUUUGCUUAUGUAAAAAUGACUCGUUUGCUGAGAGUCAUAAUUCUGCAGCUCUUAGUAUCUAAUGUAUUUGUGAUAGGUCUCCUUUUUGAUUGGGGAAUGUGUAAUGUUUUUUUCCCUGUAAUUUUUAAUUCAGUUGAGUUGUCUUCUAUUUUUAGGAAGAAUCAGAAUUGUUCUGAUGAAUUACAAAGUUGACUGCUUUGAUGUCCAAUCUCAGGUUUUAGAAUAUAGUGGUAUAAAAGCCCACUGUUAAUACUUAAAAACAAUUUUAAUUUAGUACACCCUAAAAGUCACCUGUAUAAUAAGGCCUGUUCAGAGAGCAGAGCCUUCAUCUUUUUUCUCUUUUUCCACUUUUUACUUCGCUUGAAAAAGUAUCGAGUGAUUUUACAUUGUAUAUUUCCAUUUUUAGCCCUGUAUUUCUAAAGACAAAGCACUUUUUGAUCAUGAAAUACAUGGAAUCUUUGUGUGAUGUGGAUCAUGGUUUCUCAGGCUCCAUUAAAUAAUCCACUAAUGAAUAUUGUUCUGACUCCAUGUAAAAAGAGUGGAAACCUUUGCUAACAUUACAGAACUUUGUAUUAUUGUUCUGGAAUGCAUUUUGCUAGCUUCCAAUGGAUGGGAGAGUAAACAAUGCUGCAUUCACAACUUAAUGAGUUACUUUCCCUUGAGCCUUAAGGUAACUUUUUUUUUUUUUUUUUCCUGUCAACAACAGCACUGAAGUUAUAGUAAAUGAAUGAGAUUAUCAGUUUUCAGGGUUGGUUUUAGAGUACUGUAAAUCAAUUAGCUGUCUUCCUAAAGAGUUACUUCCAUUGAAUAAACUGGUUAGAGGGUUGUGGGUAGGGUUGGAAAGGGGGAGAGAGUUUGUAAAAAAAAAAAAAAAAAAAGGAAAAAGAACCACAUUUACCUUAAGAAAAAGUAGAUAAAAAGAAAAAAAGUGCAUGUCAUAUUCCCUGUUUGAAAUUCCAGGUACAAGGUGGAAAUGGCAAACCAUAACUCCCCCACCCCCAUUUUUUUUACCUAGAAAACAGAAUCAUUCAUUUUCAGUUGUUAUCUCCGCCAAAUGUCGAUAGCUGGACUCUGAAUGGUUUGUUAUGUUUUGUAUCUAAUUUUGCUCUUUAGUUACUGUCACCUUACCUAGCCUUCAGUCUUGAAACCAAAUUUCAUUACUCAUGGACUUAAAAGACUCUUAUUUCAGCAAAUGCAAACUGAAUGUCAGUACUGAAAAUUAAAUUUGGAAAAUGAAAAAAUAAAAUCUCAUCAUGUAGACUUCCAAUCCUAGUGAUCCCCAGUUGAUGACCCCAAUCCAAGUAAGACCUCUAUGAAUGUACAUUUCCUAAUGAAAUAGGGACUGUGCCAUCAAUGUAAUAACCUUUAUUCACAGUCUUAAUUUACACUUGAAAAUCUAACUCAUGCCUCUUACAUUAGACAUUCCAGUUGGGCUAGAAAUACAGCCAUGUUAAAACAACAGGUUGGUCAGCAGUCAUUAUUCAGAAAUACCGUCCCAUAAGGAGUGGAUACAGGCCCCAUGUUUCUCUUUCAGCCAGCAUUUUGGUAGUUUCACUGCCUGCUAGAACUUUUUUGUAAUAAAGAGAAAGCAGAGCAAUGAAAAGGAGAAACAAAAACUUUCUCACUUUUUUCCUUAAGUGAUUCUAACAAACUGUUUGAAAUGAGUGUAUGAUUGUACUUUUAAUUAACAUGAGGUUUUGGGUCUAGGAGCAAACUGCAUUUUUCCUUUUAUCUAUGACAUGGUUGUCUUUUUUUGGUAUGAUUAGAUCUGAGCCCAGAGCAAUUGAGAAAGUAAUAGACCUAUUCAGUUCAUUGUCUAUUAACCUAUUGCAAAGGCAUGAGUUUGUCUCUCCUCCCUCCCUUUUUCAAUAACUUUUCAAAGGCUAACUUGCUUAAGAAAACUGAUUUAGACCAUCUCAUUUCGUAAAGGCAAUAUAUUCUAUCCCCAGUCUUGCCCUGUGUUAAAAAUUAGGCUGGUUAGAAAAAUCUUUAUACCUGGAAAUAGAAUAGUUUGUUUUUUCUCUUUUUAAAUCCUUUUUUCAGAAACAGCUCCAAGAAAAAUGAAAAACAGGAUUAUAUCACUAAGCACAACUGUGUUAUAGGCAUUUGUGGUUUUGUGUUAAACUGAUAGGGUAUUAAAUAUAAGUUCUUUCUCCAAGCCCACAUGUCACCGCAGUAUACAAAAGCUCUCUGAAGUUCUUAGAAGUGAAUAGGAUGGACAAAAUAUCUGGAAACUGACUUUAAAUCAGUACAUGGUAUACAUAUCAGUCCAUAGUAUUGUAUGUUACAGUAGCAGGCAAGUAAGUAUAUUUGAGUUAUAAGUGUCUUGCCAACAUUUGAAUAAUAACUAAGGUUCUUUUCUCUGAAGUUCUAGAACACUUAAAGUGGUAGGGAUUUAUUCUUCCUUUCCUUUUGGACCUUCAUGCAGUUGUCUUUCCAAGAUCAUUUUAAAAACCGAUCCACCUUCUGAUACAUUUCCAGAUAACACUCCAUUCUGUAGGAAUCUUCACUGCCAACCAUAUCUGCCAGUGUCUUAGAAUAGAGUCUUCACUCCAAAGCUGGGACUGAUGUUCUGCCAGUAUAGAAUCUACAGAUGUAAUUUGAAUUAAAACCAAAUCUUGAUAGCAAGAGACAGCUUGCUGAUAUACAAUUAUAGUUGAGUUGGAAAGUUCUUAAAUGAGGUGUGUUUUGUUUUGUUUUGGAUGUCUUCAAUCUAUGUGUAAAUACCCACAUGCUUGUGCAUUGUAAACAAAUUGUACUCGUGUAUGGAUUUGUACAACUGGUUUCUCCUUCAAGAGAAGCAGUACUUCUGAUUUUAUAAAGCCCUUCCACCUAUAACCCUAUAAAUGUAAAUACAAUACUAAAAUUUGUAGUGAUAGAUCAAUUUGGGAAUAUCUGCUGAGAGACCAAAAAGUUCAUUUUUUAAGUACCUUGGUUAAAGAGUAAAGUUUAUUCCUGUUGCUUAUUUUUUAAAAGAAUGCACUUUAACUAACUGAGCUGCAUGGGCAAUUCAAACAAAUAUAUGAAGUGCAGUACCCAUUCAGAAAUCACACUUCCUGGAAACAGUUCAAAACAGAGUCCAGACGGGCUGUUUAAUCUCACUGCCUGUAGGUUGAAGCUCAAAUACCGAUCAGUCUUGAAACAAGCAGGGCUGCUUCAAAAGAGCAGUGUGAAUUCAGCCAGAAGCUUCAGACAGGUCUGUAAAAUUGCAGGUCCCGUAUUUACCACUAACGAGCAAAACUGACAGAAAAAAAUGUUUAAGAAUCCUUCCUGCUGGUGUGCACUCCUUACAAUAGCAGACUUUUGCAAAUGGAGUUUUACAGUCUAUAUUUAAAAAAUUGUAUGUUUGUAACAAAUAAAGUAUGCGGAAAAGUGAA